AUGUUUGUCAAAAGUUCAAUAUAACAUGUAGAAGCAAUUUAGAAUUAAUCAACUAUUAUAGAAUAAAAAAUUUAAGUAUUCUUAAAUAAAAUUAUUUAGAAUGAAAUCGAAGAAGCUUCAAAAUUCUUUGGAAUAACAAAAAUUGAUUCUGAUAUAAGAACUAGUUUGAAAUAAUAAGAAUAUUUAUGCAGAUUAUUAGAAAAUAUAGAAAUAUUAAUGUAAUCAUUUAUUCAUAUUAUUAUUAGAUUAUUCAAUUAUAAUUUUCCAAAAAGCAAUCCAAAGUAUUUUGUUUUAUAAAAAUUUGAAAAGAAUCCUUUAAUUGAUGAAGAGACUUGGCAGAUCAAAAUAGAAAAUGAAAAUACAAUUUUGAAUACACUAAAUUCACUUUUAAUUCAAUUCACUCAAAAUCCUCCAUAACCAGAUAUGUGGAUUUAAUAAUAAAUUUAGUAAUCAACUUAAUAGUUGCCUAUUCCUCUAAAUGAUUUCAAUAAUUAGGAAAUAAGUAUGUUAAAUAAAAUAUUAGAAGUAUAAAUUAAAAGAGAUCUAUUAUAAAUAAUGAAACAAAAGGCAAUUAAAAAUUAAGACCUUUUAGGUAUUAAAUAAUUAAUAAUUAAUUAGAAAAAAUUCAAUAAAAUUAUAUUGAAAUAGAGAAACUUAAGCAGGAUUUGAAAAUUGUUUAUAAUAAAUUUCAAGAGGUCCAAUAGAAUGCAACAAUAUUAAAUGCUUAAUGUAGUACAAUUAUUAAUGUAAAUUAAAAACUAUUUAUUAUUUUAGAAAUUUUCUAAUUACGAAUUGCUUAGAAUAUUGUAAGAUAAAUAGGGUUAACUAGAUAAAACUUAGGAAUAAUAUUAUGAGUUAAAAUUAAAGGAUACAAUUGAUGAAAAAGAGAGUAUUUAUAACCAAUUCUUAAAUAAUAGAAUGGAAUUUCAUAAAUGUAAUUCUACUCUCACUAUUUUGAAAUAAAAUAUUUAUUAAUAAUCAUUUAUAAAUUGA